AUGGUAACGAAAGAAAAAUUAAAACACCUGAGAAAUGAAUUCAAUUUACGAAAUACUGAACGCAAUUUAAUUGAGGAGUUAGCAGUAAUUAAAAAUGAAACUGGUUUUAUGACAGAGCUAGUAGAGGAGCUGCUGCAACAAACUUCAGAGCUGCAAUAUCAAGUAGAAAUGAUAGAAAUAUGUAAAGCUUCAGAGGAAACUAAAAUUCAAAAUAACAUUGCCUGUCUCAAAGAGCACAAAAAUGGCUUUGACGAUUAUUUCGCUAAAGAGAAAGAAAUAUUGAGAACACAACAUCAAGAACAGCGUAAUAAAGAGGCAGAAGAGGAAGAGAAUGAACGAAAGAAAAAUGCCCAAGUUCUAGAAAUUGAUGAACAAUUUAAAAUUGAGGCGGACUGCAUUGAAAAGGAGUGCGAAGAAAUAGAAAAGGAAUGCGGUGUCUUGACGAAGAGAAACAGAGCCAUAAUGUUGCAACUAAGAAGAAGAUUAAUAGAGUCUGAAAACACGAGAAGAGCUUUGCUAAAGCAAAUGAAACAAGAGUCUAAUGUAGAGGAAUAAUUUAAUAAUGUAAAUUAUUAAAUA